AUGUGCCCAAAGAUUGCAUCACUGGACGGCGUGGAGAUCAUCCAAGGCCGACUUUCGCUGGGUCUGGUGGGAUCCUGGCCAAAAAGAGCUGAAAGAGUACAAGGCAAGGCGACGAUUCCUCAGAUGGGUGCCAAAAUGCUUCAGAAGCUACGAAUUCACGACGGCGGAUGCCAUCUGGAACCCUGGUCCUUCAGCUGGGCGGUAUCCGGCGCCUGGUGGAAAUACAGCAGGACAUUCCUGCACAGAAAGGCAAAACAUGGGGAAGUUGGUUCUCAUUCGGCUCAAAAGAGACCUCGUGCUCUUGCGUACCAGAUGUGGUCGGCUCGCAUGGAACUUCAAACGUCAAAAUGCAUCCGUUACAACCAGAGCCCGCUUCUCGGUCCUCCAGGGAGCCCCGAAUCUGGACUUAUUGGCAGUUUCUCGUCUGAACACGCCGCGUUGUUGGACUUUAUCCCAAGGACCUUUGGAAGAUGUAUCGCCGAUCCAUCCGACGCAGCCAGUCGCGCGGGAUGCAUGAAACAACACGUUGAUCACGACAAAGGCGACAUGUCGCAGGAAAGCGCACAAGAUUUCGAAGCUGAACACAGACGCUAUAAGCCACAACUUCGCAUCGAUAAUAGUUCAUGUCGAAGUGCAGAAGUCAGAGAUUCGGGGCUUCAGGCUGCGCCUCCUGGAGCCGUUCAGAGCUCUCCACGCUCAGAUAGUGCAGAGAGACCACGGAGCUCGGACAAAACCAACAAGACCAAGAAGCUGCGGAAGAGACAUCAAUCAACAGCUAGGCACGUGGCACAUGGAGAGGACUUCAAGACAUCGUCAAGGGCCUCGCGUUACUUGAAGAUUCCGCAGAUGAACCACCGGAUGGGAAAGUCGAUCCAGCAAGCUGGAUUCUUCGAAGGCCCCCGCAAGGUUUUGCGAGGUCAAUCACGCAGCAAGAUAAGUACUUCGAAGGAGGAGCAGGUUGGCAAGAGACCCUCGGUGACUGGCAAAGGGUGCGCCGUGGUUAUCGAAUACGUAAAGCAAUCUAUGAAGGAAGAACCAAUCGAAGCCGGACGAAGGAGAUAG